AUGACGGGACUACGGAAGAGGAAGUUUGACCAGGUGGAUGAGGAUUCCUCUUCCUCGUCUUCUUCAUCCGGAUGCCACUCUCGAUCCUGCUCCCCAAGCUCGUCAGCCUCCCUUGCCUGGGACUCUGAUGAGGAGGGCUCCUGGGAUCAGAUGGCCCGGCCUUCCCAUGACAUCUGUGACUCCCAGAAUUUCACCCCCCUAUCCAUCUUGAAGCGGGCUCCCCGGGCACGUCCAGGCCGAGUUGCCUUCGAUGGCAUUACUGUCUUCUAUUUCCCUCGGUGUCAAGGCUUUACCAGUGUCCCCAGCCGGGGUGGCUGCACGCUGGGCAUGACCUCUCGUCACAGUACCUGCCGUCACUUCUCCUUGGCUGAGUUCGCACAGGAGCAGGCCCGGUCCCGGCGCGAAAAGCUCCGCCUGCGCUUGAAGGAAGAGAAACUGGCUGCACUCAGAUGGAAGCUGUCAGCCACCGGGGUAUCUGAGGCUGAAGCAGGUUCACCACUCACAGUGGACGCCAUCGAUGACGCGUCUGUGGAGGAGGACUUGGCAGCGGCGGUAGCAGGCGGCCAAUUGGAGGAAGGGACCUUUCUCCAGCCCUACCCAGCCCGGCGCCGGCGGGCCCUGUUGCGGGCUGCAGGUGUACGGAAGAUAGACCGCGAGGAGAAACGGGAGCUGAAGGCUCUGCGCCGCUCCCGGGAGGACUGUGGCUGUCGAUGCGACAAAGUCUGCGACCCCGAGACCUGCAGCUGCAGCCUGGCAGGCAUCAAGUGCCAGAUGGACCACACGUCAUUCCCCUGUGGCUGCUGCAAGGAGGGUUGUGAGAACCCCAAGGGCCGGGUGGAGUUUAACCAGGCACGAGUUCAGACCCACUUCAUCCACACCAUCACCCGCCUGCAGCUGGAGCAGGGAGCCGAGAGCUUUGUGGAGCUGGAGGCCUCUGCCCAGAGCAGUUCCCCCAACCCUGAUGAGCAGGCUCUGGCCCCCACAUCCCCCAUGAGCAGCGAGCUGGGUAACAGCAGCUUCAGCCCUGACAUGACUGAAUCCUCCCCAGUGUCGGGCACCAGUGAGUCCCCCAGCAACCCUGCCCACCUGGCCCUGCCCGGCCCUGGCUUCCAGCCCAACAUGGAUGAUGACAACCUGGUGCGGAUCCUGACUUUCAGUGAUACUGACCUUGACAGGGAGGAGGAGGAGAAGGAAGCGGGUGUAGGGCACCUGGACAAUCUCAGCUGCUUCCACCCGGCUGACAUCUUUGGUACUGGUGACCCUGGUGGCCUAGCCAGCUGGACUCAAAGCUAUUCUGGCCCUAGCCUGGCAUUAGGCAUCCUGGAUGAAAAUGCCAACCUGGAUGCUGGCUGCUUUCUGAACGGUGGCCCUGAAGGGUCGAAAGAAGCUGGCUUCCCUGGUACCCCAAGGCCAACCAGCAUGGACGCUGGCCAGAGCAGCUCAGUCGACCUGAGCCUGUCUUCCUGUGACUCCUUUGAGCUGCUCCAGGCCCUGCCGGACUACAGUCUGGGACCCCUCUAUACCUCCCGGAAGGUGUCUGACAGCCUGGACACCCUCGAGGCACCCCACUUCCCUUUGCCUGGUUUCUCUCCACCCAGGGACCCAGGCACUUGUUUCCUGGAGUCCUUUGUGGGCUUUUCUGAGCCAGCUGAGGAGGUUCUCACUCCGUUUCUUGACAGCCAGUUGUUCGAGGAUGCUGCCCCUGCUUCUCUCAUGGAGCCGGUGCCCGUGUAA